CGCGGCGAGCGCGGCGGCCGGCGGCGAGCGACCCCGAAGCGCCGCGUCCCUUGCCCGCCCCGCCCCGCGCCUCCUCCGCGGCCGGCGGAGCGCGGCGGGCUGACCUCUGCGGAGGCAGCGGGGGCCCAGCAUCGGGCCGGGGCCGGGGGGGCGCCGGGGCCGGGGGGCGGCGCUCCGGCCCGGCCCGGCCCCGCCCGAUGUCCAUGAGCGCGAACACCAUGAUCUUCAUGAUUCUGGGGGCGUCGAUCGUGAUGGCCAUCGCGUGCUUGAUGGACAUGAACGCGCUGCUGGACCGAUUCCACAACUACAUCCUCCCGCACUUGCGGGGCGAGGACCGCGUCUGCCACUGCAACUGUGGUCGGCACCACGUCCACUACGUGAUCCCGUACGACGGGGACCAGUCGGUGGUGGACGCCUCCGAGAACUACUUCGUGACAGACAACGUCACCAAGCAGGAGAUCGACCUCAUGCUGGGGCUGCUGCUCGGCUUCUGCAUCAGCUGGUUCCUGGUGUGGAUGGAUGGCGUCCUGCACUGCGCGGUGCGCGCCUGGAGGGCCGGCCGGCGCUACGACGGCUCGUGGACCUGGCUGCCCAAGCUAUGCAGUCUGCGGGAGCUGGGCCGGCGGCCGCACAGGCCCUUCGAGGAGGCGGCCGGGAACAUGGUGCACGUGAAGCAGAAACUCUACCACAACGGCCACCCGAGCCCGCGGCACCUGUGAGCCAUGCGCAGGACUCGCGGGCCGCCGGCCACGCGCCCACGCACACGGGACUGGACGGCCGCCCCGGGCUAGGGCGCCCGCGGCCGCCGGGCGUGUCCAGCGGAAGGUGCUGUCUCUUCUUUUUAUAAAGGGGGUCGGGUGGGGCCGGGAGGGGCUGCGGGGGCCCCGGGGCUGCAGGCGGGGGCGAGGCACCCGGGUCCACCCGCUCGUCCCGCGUCCUGAGUGCCGCCUGCGCCGGGCCCGCGCCUGUGACUUAAAGCCGCCAGUUCCCUGUGCGCCCGUCUUCUCUGCGUGACCGCGGACCACUGGGCCGGCUCCGUCGGAGGGUAGUGAGGCCGGGAAAGGGGCCCCCGGCCACGCCCGUCUGCACACGGGAGCAUGUGCAUGGGCCGUGUGCGUCCGCGGGCCGCAGUGGGGGGGGGGGGGGCAGGGUGCAGGGGGUCCAGGGGAAGCCCUUGCCCAGCAGCAAUAAGGUCCCUGAGCCCUUCGGCGUGGCAAGUGUGGCCACCCUACCCAGGGCAUCCCCGGUCGGGCGCCUCACUGUG